UCCCCUCCAUCGCGCAGCAAACGUCGCAAACUUUCUUCCCUCCAUCGCGCAGCCAUCGUUCGAACGUCGAAGCCUCCAUCGCGCAGCCACUGUCCCGCCGCUCUAGCUCUGUUCCACUGCGUUCCUGUCCCUUCAGCGGCGUCAGCUCUGUUCCAUCGCGCAGCCCUUCCCUCGAAGAUCAUUCCCUGGAAUUUCUCUCUUCUCAUGUUUGCUUGGAAGGUUGGACCGGCAUUGGCCUGUGGCAAUACUCUUGUUCUCAAAACCGCUGAGCAGACACCAUUGUCUGCUUUGUACGCAGCAAAACUAUUUCAUGAGGCUGGACUUCCUGAAGGUGUUUUGAAUGUGGUAUCAGCCUUUGGUCCCACUGCUGGCGCUGCUCUUGUAAGUCACAUGGAUGUGGAUAAGAGUCUGCAGAGCAUUCGAUAUGAAGAGGGUAUGGCUUUCUAAGAAGUUCUCCUACAUUUAUGAAUCUGGUCCUUCUACCAACCUUGCCUUCUUUAUGCAAUCUCUGUAUGCCCAAUAUAUAGUAACUGAUUGGCUUGGUUCGAACAGGAUUCUUCUGCCUAAAUCUAUACUUAAGAAGAACACACAGACACUCCCGUGUCAGACGACAGUAGUUGGACGGAACAAGCUUUGGAAGUGUCAAAAUGUACAAAAUACAUAAUGUUUUGGUGGUCAUCCGGCCCUUUCACAAGCAGUGCACAUGGUCAUAUAAGAAAAUGGUGCCUUUCAAGAGGCUUAAUCUUUGAGAGCUGGGUACAUGUAUCUGAUUCAAAACCCCACAAAUUGAGGCCCUAAUUUUGACCAUUACCCGAAAACUGAGUAGCAAAGUGAAGGCUUUACUUGGGUUGCUGGCCACAGAACAAUGACUUUUAUUCACCAAGUGAGUUCCAAACCAUUCAAUCUCUUCACUAGGAUUAAUUUUUCCAGACACCACUUUCAACAUUUACGGCUUCUUCAUACACAAGCCGUGUCAAAGUAUAAUAAUGAUGAUGUUACUGCAAUAUGCAACUCAUUCAGAAGGGGGUGGAACUGGGAUACUAUAAGCAUCAAAUUUGGUACGUUCAUGUUGAAUGACUGGAUGGUUGAGCGAGUGCUCCUGGAAUUGAAGGACCCCAGUGAUGCAAAGUGUGCCUUGGGUUUCUUUCAUUGGUCCACAAAGAGGAGAAAUAUUGAACAUGGAAUUCGGUGUUACUGCAUAGCAAUCCAUAUCUUGGUUAGAGCUAGGUUGCUUAACGAUGCUCGUGCAUUGCUCGAAUCAUUGUUGAACAAAACCAAGGAAAGCAGCUCAAGGGUUAUUGUCGCAGAUACACUUCUUGGCUGCUACCCGGUUACCGAUUCACAUCCUAUUGUGUUUGAUUUGCUGAUACAGGCCUAUGCAAAGCUAAGGCUGACUGAUGUUGCUUUUGAGGUUUGCCUAUAUGUGGAGAAACAUGGAUUCUCCAUCAGCCUUGUAAGUUUCAACACUUUGCUUCAUGUUGUGCAAAAAUCAGAUCAAUUUGGUCUAAUUUGGGAUGUUUAUGAGCACAUGAUUCAAGAACGGACAUACCCUAAUCUAGCAACUUUGAGGAUCAUGAUCAAUGCACUGUGCAAGGAUGGGCAGCUGCAGAAAAUUGUGGAUGCAUUAGAUAGGAUUAUGGGGAAGUGGAAUUCUAGUCCUUCAGUGAUUGUAAAUUCUAACUUAAUUUUCAGAGUCUUAGAGCAGGGGAAAAUGGAAGAAAGCAUGGUAGUUGUGUUGUUGAAAAGGUUGUUACAGAAGAAUUUGAUUCCUCACUCAGUUGCUUAUUCUCUGAUUAUUCAUGCUAGGAUUAGGUUGGGAAGUUUGGAUUCCGGAUGGGAGAUGUAUGAAGAGAUGGAGAGAAGAGGUUUCCAAGCAAACUCUUUUAUAUAUACAUCAUUUAUAGGUGCAUACUGUAGAGAGGGCCGAAUUGAACAAGCGAAUGUUUUGAUGCAAGCAAUGGAAGAAAGAGGCUUGAAACCAUAUGGUGAGACUUUUGAUCAUCUUAUAAUUGGAUAUGCUAAUUUGGAGCAGUUGGAGGGGUGUUUGAGUGUUUGCGAUAAAAUGUUGAGUAUUGGGCUUAUUCCUAGUUGUUUAUCGUUUAACACGAUGGUAGAAAAGCUCUGCGCAAAGGGGCAUGUGGAGCAAGUUAACUCCAGGUUGACUUUAUUGUUAGAUAAGGGAUUCUCACCAAGUGAUAUCACGUACACUCAUCUAAUAGAGGGUUAUGCCAAGAAGGACGAGAUUCAGGAAGUUUUAAAGUUAUAUUAUGAGAUGGAGUACAGGUCUAUGUCUCCUGGAUUAUCUGUUUUUACAUCAAUAAUUCAGUGUUUAUGUCAUUGUGGAAAGCUCGAAGAUGCGGAUAAAUAUCUAUGGAUUAUGAAGGGUCAGCCGCUAACCCCGUCUGUUACUAUAUACAAGACGUUGAUUGCUGGCUAUAGGCAGAAGGGUUACAGCAUAAGGGCCCUCCAUCUUCAGAACGAAAUGGAUUCUUUAGUAAUACAUAAGUGAAGGUUAUCCUUUUAGAAGCUAGUUCACUUUUCCUUUUCGUGGAGUGUUAGGGGGUAGCAACUUUUGUGAUUUGUAGCUAUCAAAUAGCUAUCAAUGAUGAUUUUAAUGGUGUGAGAUUUCAUCUAAUGGUUCACUUUUCUUUGCUGGUUACAUGCCAGAAUUUAAUAAAGUUGUUGGCCCCUAGACUUUUCCUUUUCUAUUUUCUGCAAUGUAUAUAUCAAUAGUUGAAAUGCAAGUUAAUUUAUUC